AUGUCCAAGACUGAGAAGUACGCUUUGGAUGUUUACAUCCGUAUGAAUCUCGAUGACGAGAGAGAUUACUGUUUUGAGGUCAAGGAAACAGACACUUUUAGGGACUUGCUCAAAAUCUUCGAGACUCUGCCUUUGACUCUCAAUCCGUCUUUAUUCUACAACAGAGUUCCGAUCGGGUUCAAGAUCUCCAGAUGCCCUGGUAUUCUCACCAUGGAGGGAGGCUUGCUGUUUGGCCGUGAGGCUGCAGACGACAAAUGGCUCACCACUGCUCCAAACGACGCCCUUGUUGUUUCGAAAGUCUGGCCUGGCCAGCUGUUGCAUCCGAUUUGGGAAGAACGUACUUUCCUGAAAUACUCCAUCACCGCAGCCUUGCUUACCUGGCUGUACACAGACUUGCCCGACUUUGUUUCUCCGACCCCGGGCAUCGGGUUCACCACCAUUUUGUGCAAAGCUACAUGCAACUUGUUAGAAAAGUACUAUAGUGCUGAUUUCGCCGACCAUCUCCGUGGCGAGCUGCUUUCGGAGUCUACUGUUUUGGUGCAAUGCGUGUUUUUCGCCUUGAACUUCUUCAAGGUGCUGAUUGUCUACUUUGCUCUCUACUUCGGAGCCAUCAACCCGUACUCAUUCACCGAAAAGGCUCCUCAGGUCACCAGAGAGGACCUCGUGGCAAUUGGGUGGACCGGUGCCAAAAAGGCCACUUUGGAAAACUUCAGAGAAUCUUACAGAUCGUAUAGAAUCGACCAGGCAGGCGGUGUUUUGAAAGCACACCAGGCAGGUCUGCUGACUAAGUUGUCCACCACCACCGUCACUCUCGGACCAGAAGAGGGCUUCAACACCCCGCUAGACCUCAUGGGAAAAAUCACUCUUCAACAGCUGGAGAAACAGGACAAGUUCCAGCUUUCGCUUGAUCUACUGAACGCUCAGGAAAAGCUCGUCCAUGACGAACUCAAGGACCUGGACGACAAGGAGUUUACUUUGCGGUACAAAAAGUUCAGAUCUCUGGGUCCUUUCAAGACCACCCCUGAAAUCGAAAAGAUCGUCCAGCACAGAUUCGAAAUUGAGGCGGAAAAGGAAUCUAAAAAGUCUUGA